AUGGAUCCUUUUUUUUCCAAUGCUGUUUUUUCAUUAAACGACGAUUCUAAUUUUCCUUGGGAUUUUACUUCUAUUGAAGAUAAUGUUGAAGCUCAGAAACUUUUAGCUGCUGCUAUAGCACAUAACGAUCAGUACAGAUUCGACGAAGACCAGAAACGUAAAUUGGAAAUGCUUGAAGACGCUGCACAACAAACUCCUUCUAAAGCUAAUAAGCUAAACAUUAAUUCCGUUCCACAUCCAGAUCUUGAUGCUGAAGCGGAAAGUAUUCCGUCCACACCGGAUAAUACGCAGUUUGAGCAAUCUAAUGAACCACAGAAGAAAAAGCCAGGUAGAAAACCUUUAACAAAUACUCCUAGUAAUGUAUCUCAAAACAGAGCUGCUCAACGUGCAUUCCGAGAACGUAAAGAACGUUAUGUAAAAGAACUUGAAACUAAAAUUGAAGAACUUGAGUCUCUGUCCGCAAAAAGUGCUCAAGAGAAUCAACAAUUAAAGACGCUUGUUGAACAAUUACAAGCUGAAAAUUAUUUAUUGAAACAAACGAGCUUUACUUUUGAUUUUCCUUUAUCAAAAUCAACCGACUCUACUGUUGCUAUUGACAAAGAUAUCAAUGAUCUAGUCAUACCUUCAGGAACAAAAUCUAUAUCUUCUUCUUCUGUUCCUGCUUCUAAUGCUAGUGAUCCUUACACUCCUCCAUCUUCAAGUACGAGUGAUGAUGAACCAGGUUCUCCUAAUUCUGUUUCAGAUCAAAACAUUAAUACCACCGUUUCUUCAUCUGAUAAUUCAUCUCAAGUACCAUCAUCUAAUACCGAUAAGUUGAACUUACCAGUUAAAAAAUCUGGUUCUGUUUCAACAUCAUCUCAUUCAACUAAACCCCAAAAUGCUGAGGAAUUUUGCGAAAAGUUCACUGAUGGUAUGUGUCAAGAAAGUAAUGAAUACAAUUCGGUCUUUGACAUCACUGGUUCCUCGAACGGUGCUACCGAUUUAAACAGGUCAUCAUCGGCGUUCACGGAGUAUAGAGAUCCAACUCCUUUCACUCCAAACAUAGACAAUCCUUUUUCUGAGUCGGCGCCAUUACCGCCGCUCUUUGAAGAUAAUUUUCAAGAUUUUGGCAGUUUUGCUCCAAUGGCUACUCCAACUGAUGAAAAUAAAAAUCCUAUUCAUGCCCAUUUCCCAAAUAAGCAUGAAUUUGCUUCUUUGGAAGACAUUCGAAGUAAAAAAUUUUUGUCUUGUAAUAAAGUAUGGGAAAGGAUUCAACAACAUCCAAAGUUUGAUGAUCUUGAAGGUGAUGAAAUCGAUCAAUUAUGUGCUGAGCUUAAAUCUAAAGCAAAAUGUUCCGGAAAAGGUCCGGUUGUGCCUGAAGAAGAUGUAGAGGCU